ACUAAUGUUAGCGUGGUUCCCAGCUCUGCGCUUUAACGUUAUUUAAGAGGCGGAGCCAAGCUAAAGUCAUUCCAUCAGAGAAUUACAGGCACUUAUGUUCUAAUGCGCAACCGCUGAGCGAACGCCUUCAGUGUGUCCCCCAUAAUCCGGCAUACAGCCAUUUUGGUACAGCUUCGAGUUCCCUUGGUCUGACGUGAAGGAUGUUCGAUAACACCGGAACUGACACAGGGCGAGGGGCUUAAAUCUGAAUAUCUCUGAUUCUCUGCCAAAUGCAAGAAAAUAAAAAUCGUUUAGCUCUCCAACUGCAAUCACAAACAGAAGCAGGCAAAUGACAAAGAGAAUAUGGUCAGCAAUAUAUUCCGGAGACUGUAGAUUGAUGGGGUCAGGGGGAGUACCUACUGACACACACAGACAUAGCCAAUGACAAUGAGUAACAACAGGUGCUUGCCUCCUGGUGACCAAUCAGCUGGGAGCGUUUUCAACAUUUGUCGGGGAAGGGAUCGGUACAGCCAGUUCGAGGAUGAUGAUAUCCUGGAUCACACUCCUCCACCACUUGACUUCCCAACACCAAUCAAGUUUGAGCCAAGAAAAAGCAAAUUUCAUUUUCUGCUAGAGAAAGAAGACCGAAAAGAUGUUGGCCAUGGGAUGCAGUCAGGUGAAUGGGCAGCACCAAAAGUAAUCCUGAAGAAGCCAUGCAAGAUUGGUGGUGAGAAACUGAAGCAACAGUUAUUGAUGUCGGCUGAUUCCAGGCGAGCUAGUAUUGAUGGGAGUUCUCCUCAUGGGAGCAUUGAAGUACAUCCUGCGUCAGUAGAAGCUGUUCAGUUAUUUCAAAAAGCUCAACAAGCUGAGGUGUACAAACCCAUGACUGUACCAAGAAUGUUUCGCAGUCAAUCUGAUACAUCACUGUUCCAGUCUGUAGCUGGUGCUCUGAAGCUAAGGGGAGAUAACUCCAUUGUGAAGCCAAACAACAAUACUUCAGUGAUCAGUACAUCUGCGGAGAAUAAGUGUUAUCAGGUGGACAAAAACCCUGGGACAUUUCAAAAUGAAGACAUGCAUGAUGAAGUGAAUAAGUCCAGUGUUUCAGUGUCAUCUAAAUUCAGCGGUUGGUUAUUUGGUGGUAAUAAGAAAAUAGAUGUGAAAGAUACGGACAUCAAUGUGUUUAGUCCAACUUCAUACUGAAGGUUUCACUUCUUAAUUGUCCUAGAACAUUCAUAAGUUUAUGGACAAAAAUCCUCUUGAUGAGAUUAUGUAGUUAUCAGGCAAAAUAUGUCUGCAUGGAGUCAUAAUUAAUCCUGUGUUAAUACUGAAUGAAUAGCAUUUGUCUACAGAAGUUUAUAGGCUGGGGUGCAAACCUAAAAAAAUACCAUGGGUUUCCCAUUAGUCUCCCAUUGGCUACUCCUCGGCAGUGGAAAUGUUAUCUGCCCAUGAGUGACAGGACUGUAAUGGCUAUGGGUGCCUGGCAAGAGCCUGGCGAUGUCAAAG